AUGUUGGUGACGUGUGUGCGUGAGGAGCAGCUGCAGCAAUUGCCGCGCCAUUAUCGACAGCCGUACGCCGCACAGCUGCAGCCCAGAGACAAGCAGCGCCGCGAUGCAAGUGGUGGCGGUGGCGGCGGCAUGAUUGCCAAAGGGAAGCUGGCCGAGUUGGCCGGUGACAAAGCCGACAAUCUCGCACGCCUCCCACUCGGCAGCCAGGCUGACCAUGCCGUCGAAGCCGAGGUAGAGGACGGGUCUGAUGCCGUCGUCGUCGCGCCAACAGAGAGCGCUACUGCCCGCUUUGCACCUUACCUCACAACCACCAUCACCUCUCGCUUGUCACACAUCACACCUGUGCACGAUCCUUUCCUGCAUCAGGGCAACUGCCGCGCCAUCAUCGACAGCAGUGCGCCGCACAGCUUCAGGCAAGGGACGAGUGGCGUCGUGAUGCAAGCAGUGGCACGGUUUUGGGGGGCUGUACUAGCAUGGAGUUCACCGGCACGCCAACAUGCUAUCUUCACGCUCAGGAGAAACGAGGUUGGUAUUGUGGGUCGAGCAUCUCCUGCAGCCACUGUCGCUCCAUCAGCAACAGCUGCAGUUGCAGGAUACAAGCAUCGCAAUGGGAGUACUGGUGAUGAGAGAGGCGCAGGGCCUGGGACAGCGCCAACUGUCAAUGCCAUUCUCAUGCUCCGACAAAUAUUGGUAUUGGAUGUCGAUGAGGUCAUGUUCCUGCAGCAACUCCCGCUCCACCAGCAACAGCAGUACGCCGCACAGUUGCAGGCCAGAGACAAGCAGCGUUGUGAUGCAAGCAGUGGCAGUGGCGGCAUGAUGCGCGGAUUCGGAGGACCGUAA